AAAGCAAGAAUCUGACAAGCAAAUAUUAAAAGAAUAUCUAGUUGAUAUAUAUGACAGAUAUAAAGAAAUGAUUGAAAUAAUAUAUUCAAAUUAUAUUGAAAUCAACAAUAAUCACAAAGAAUUGAAUGACAUGCUUAGAACAAUAUUCAUCAAAAGAUCAAGAAUAAAAAAUAAAAACCAAUUAUAUAAUGAAACAAAAUUAACAGAGUUAUCUAUAAUGCCACCUGAAAUACCAAUAAAUCUAGAACAAGGAUAUACUGUAGUAAUACCAUUCAUGAAGCAAAAUAAGACAUAUUACAUAUUAACUUCACAAAGGAUAAACACCACAAUAUACCAAAACCAAUAUCAAACAUGUGGUAGUAAAAAAGAAGAAUUUGAAGACUUUAUAACAUGUGCAAUCAGAGAAGCACAAGAAGAAAUCAAUUUGAAAUUGAUA